GACUGCUGUCAGUUCCACGCAUGCGCUCUGCACACUCGCUGUACAAAAGGCGAGAGCUCCAGUCCCGCUGCUGCUGCUGAUGGAAUAGACAAGAAUAGACGAGUGAGCGCUGGAGCGGGAGUCAUGGAGCGGGAGCGCUUAUUGUUCAGCCCGGGAUGGGGGGCCGCUCUUCCAGGACAGCGGGGCAUCAAUAGGGGCCACGUCUAAGCUUCUGCCUGAGGAACUAUGCUUACUUUUGGGUGCUCAUGGUCACCCCGCGGAGUGGGAUCGCCUGGAAGACAAAGUCGGGCUUUUCAUUUGGAAAGAAAGGAGGAAACGACGCGAUUGGCCGAGGGUCCCCACUGGGCUUGUUGGGGGGCUGUUAAUCUGUUCCUGUCGCUUCCUGCCCGGGGGAUCUGGGCGCUUCUGCUAUAAACCGAGGAGGAGAUCUGAUGAGAUCAAGGGGAAGCGAUCCCCAUCGUACCGACCAGCAGGGAAAUGUGGCCAAGAUUACGCCUUCUGUGCUUGUGCAUUACUUCCCUGGCACGACGAUGAACUUAUUGCUGUAUGAUUGGAGCAGUUUGUUGUAGACCACUUCAGAACUCCUGCUGUAGACUGCAAAGGGUCAAGAGGAAAACAGCUUGACAUAAUGGAUACAUUCUUUUCUUCUCAAACAUAUUAUUGUUAGGCUAACAGCUGGCAGAAAAUGCAUUUGUAUCUCUUAUUUAUCAUUACAUCUGAUCCAGACCUAUCUCCCUUUGAUGGUGCCUUCACUCUCCACCAUGAAUGAUGAGCAGAGACUGCAGAACAAUGCUAUAGCCUGGCUGAUCUGUUCAGGGAUCUCCCUUAUUGCUAACACAUGGGGGAUUUUAAGCAUAAGUGCCAAGCAAAAGAAAUGGAAGCCUUUGGAAUUUCUGAUCUGCACUUUGGCCGGAACACAUAUUCUUAACGUAGCAAUACCCAUCACCAUGUAUUCUGUGGUUCAACUCAGAAGGCAACAUUCAGACUAUGAAUGGAAUGAAGGAUUGUGCAAAGUAUUUGUGUCUACGUUUUAUACCUUAAGUCUUGUUACCUGCUUCACUGUAACCUCUUUGUCAUAUCAUCGCAUGUGGAUGGUCCGCUGGCCAGUAAAUUAUAGGUUAAGCAAUACAAAGAAGCAAGCAGUACACACAGUCAUGGGAAUAUGGAUGGUAUCAUUCAUUCUCUCCACCCUACCAGCAGUUGGAUGGCAUGACACCACAGAGCGAUUCUACACCCGGGACUGUCGAUUCAUUGUUACGGAAAUUGGCCUUGGUUUUGGAGUGUGUUUCCUUCUACUGAUCAGCGGCAGUGUGGUCAUGGGAGUGGUUUGCAUUGCUAUUUCCCUUUUUCAGACAUGUUCCAUUCAAACGGGACAAAACAUUGAUAAAAACAGAUUCAAUGUGCCCACUAUUGUGGUUGAGGAUGCCCAGGGGAAACGAAGAUCGUCCAUCGAUGGAUCUGAGCCCGUUAAAACCUCACUUCAAAUAACCUACUUGAUAUCUGGAAUUGUAUUCAUAUAUGAUUUCCUAAUGGGCUUCCCUAUUCUGGUGGUGAGCUUUGCCAGUCUGAAGUUGGACAAAUCCUACGAGUGGAUGGUCCUGUGUGUUCUGUGGUGCUCUGUUGUCCAGGCCAUGCUCCUGCCUAUGUUCCUCUGGGCCUGUGAUCGCUACCGAGCUGAUGUGAAAGCCGUCUGGGACAAGUGUAUUGCCAUCAUGUCUAAUGAUGACGGGGAUGAAGAGCACAGCAUGGAUGGUGGAAUUCAUUCAGAUCUCAUCUAUGAAAGACCAUACGAUUACAAUUAUGGAGGAGAUAUCUUGGCCAUGGAGCGCAUUUCUAAGUAUGAUCUGUCUGCGUUAGAAAGAGGAAUCCCACAGAUUUAUCCCAUGAAGGAAUUACAAGAUGAUAAAAUGCACUAUCUUCAGGUUCCUCCGACUAGACGUUAUUCUCACGAUGAAACAGAGAUCUGGACUACCAGACAGAUCCCAGCCUUUCCUCAUGGGUGGGGCUCAGCAGAGGACGUGGCUGCAAUUUCAUUCUUUACACUUCCUCGGCGAGAAAGAAGAAGCAGCCUUGUAUCAUAUCACGAGGAUCCAAACAUGCUGUAUCGGAAGUGCCGGAAAUCUUCAGAAAGCCUCAUUUCCUUGAAACAGUUUACAUUGGAAGAACUUUACAAAGGGGAUUACAAGUGCUUUAGUCGGGAAGAGGUAGUCAGUUUCAUUGAUGAAACGCCUCUCCCAAGUCCUAGGAAAAGUCCGAUCAGAUCUUCCUCCAUCUCCAUUAUCCCGGAUGCCCUGCAGCAUCAAGCAAUGACUCACUUUGCAUUGACAGACUUUGAGCGGGAGCCACAGGCCCUGCGACGUUUCUCAACCCACGAGAAAAGUUGCACACUCAAUGUUCCUGGUCAUCGGAGGUCUCACAAUGACCACAAACGAUUUUACACAGAGGGGCACCGAAGACAUCGGAACAGCCAAAAACGGGUUCAGAAGAGAGAGUCUCAGAAACUGAGCGGAACAACUGUAGAGAACAGCUGUGCCGACUCUUCCAGCCAGGAGACGGGUUUGAGCAAAGAGUGGGACGGGCAGGAACAUCUUACCAAAAUGGAAAGCAAAGGAAGCGCCAACAGUUUUCUAAGUUCCCCUUCUGCUUCCUCCGGGUACAUAACGUUUCACUCUGACUCUAUCGGAUCUACAUCUUAAGGGACUUAAGAUGUUCUUAGAUUCACUGUAUCUCCGUUUUUUAAAGGAAAAGUAACACCAAAAAAUGAAAGUGUUUUAAAGUAAUGAAAAUAUUAUGUAUUGUUUCCCUGCACUGGUAAUGU